AUGGAUGAGACGAAGGGCAACGAGGGGACAGCGGCGGGAGCCGGGGCGCCGAGCGUUAGCAGUGGGAGCCUGGAGAUGACGCCCGUGGUCACGGCGGCUCCGCCCGAGAGAGCCGCCGUCCCCCGCGAGAAGGACUACGAUUGGGGUCGCACACUGGGUGAGGGCACAUUCGGCACAGUGAAGCUGGGCACUGUCAAGACCCCCGGUUUCUCCUUCCCCGUGGUGACGGGCAGGACCUACGCGGUGAAGCUCAUACAGAAGAAAUUCAUCAUGGAGAAGAAGAACAAGGAGAUCGUGUUCAGGGAGCGCAAGAUCCUCGAGAAGCUCAAGCACCCGUUCAUUGUCACCCUGCACUACACCUUCCAGACCGACCCGGCCCUCAACUUCGUGAUGGACUACUGCGCCAACGGCGAGCUCUACGAACACAUCCGCAAGGCACAUACACUCUCUCCCUCCCGCUCCAUCUUCCACGAAAACCUUCGGCCCCGGCUCUCUUACCUGGUGGGGCUGCCUGCGCGGUUGGGCGCUUCACUUCAUCUGCAGAUGGGCUCGUUGAGCGAGGAGUGUGCGAGGUGGUAUCUGGCCGAGAUCGUGGUGGCGCUGGAGCACAUGCACGGACAGGGAAUCGUCCAUCGCGAUCUCAAGCCCGAAAACAUAUUGUUGAACGAAGACUGGCACAUCAAGGUCAUCGACUUUGGUACCGCCAAGGACGUGGGCAGGGGGCGCACGAACUCGUUCGAAGGCACCCCGGAGUACAUGUCCCCCGAGCUGCUGGGAGACAAGAAAGAACUCGACACACGGGCCGAUCUGUGGGCGCUGGGCGUGAUGCUGUUCCAAUUCCUCACCGGAAAGCUACUCGUCAGAGGCAGCACGCCGUGGGAGACGAUGCGCAAGGUGCGGGAGAGGGAGUUCGAGCCCUUCCCCGAUUUCUUCCCGCCGGUGGCCAAGGACCUCUGCGAGAAGCUGCUGGUGAGCGAGCCGGAUGAAAGGCUCGGGUCGAACGGCUUUGACGAGAUCAAGUCGCACCCGUUCUUCGAGGGCAUUGAUUGGGAGGGUAUCGUCACUGCCACCCCGCCGCCGCUUGCAUCCAACCCCAACGUGCCCAAACCGGCCGAGACCACUCGGAGAGCGAGCAGCAGCAGCCUGCCCAACCUCGAUGAGGUCGAGGCGGAGGCGGAUGAGACAGAGGUGAUAGUGCAACCGACCGCCGGCCGGCCGGCUGCCACUUCGGUGGAGAGCGAGGAGAAGGCCGGAAGGAGCGGGUCGGGCAUCUUCUCCUCCAGCCCGCGCACCGACCCGGAGGACAUCGAGGCCAACACCUCGGAGUGGAAGGAGUUUUUGGGCGACACGGAGAAGGUGCUGCGUGCGGCGCUGGUGCACAAGAAGCGACGAGUGUUCAACGUCAAGAGAAGACAGCUUCUCCUUACCGACGCCCCGCGCAUCAUCUACAUCGACCCCGCCACGAGGAAGGAGAUGGGGCGGAUCACGUUCGACAUCGUCGUCAAGGCCAUCGCCAAGGAUCCCGCGCACUUCAUCAUCCAGACCAAAAAGCGGGACUACUCGUUCGAAGACAAGGCGAAGAACGCCCAGGCGUGGGUGGACGCCAUCAACAAGCAUCUCAUCCAGUAA